AGGUGGAAGAGAUAUGAAGCGCAUUUGACCAAGGCAGUAUCAAUUCCAUUGGCGAGCACUGCAUGGCUGCAAGAUGCUGCAAGCUACAUCCGCGCUCCCUAGGGAUGGCUGGAGCCCAGGAAGAACUCAGCACUGUGCGCUGGCUGAAAAACCGGCUCUCAGUUUAAGGUGUGCACCGCACAGGGCUCAGUUGCAGAUCUUGUUGCCGGGAGUUUCCAUGAUGCCCCGAGCAAGAUUCACCAAGAGCACCGUCCAGAUCCUCUGCCUUGGGCUGAAACGGCUGAACCACAUGUUUAAAGUCAGUACAGCUUCAGCUCCUGUUUUGGCUCCUGCUACAUCCGGGCCUAGGAAAGGGCUGGAAUCUUUCGAUAUCCUCUCUGAGAGAGAUGUGACACCAGGUUUGAUUGCUUGCAAUUUCUUCCCAUUUUGAUAAUGAGCAAGCGAGGAUGACAAGAAUGAAUAAUGCACAUCCAGAAAUCUAAGAGUCGAUUCAUGGGUCGCUGGUAGCAUCCACAGUCGAUGUUUGGAAGAGAUGAAGAAAACAUCCAUGAUUUGAAACUAGGGCGUUGACUUUGGAUGGCCAGUGAUGCAUUGAGAGGAACUUUUUUCAGCGUCCGAAGGGAGUCGUUGGUGAAGCUUUCAUGUGGGAGAAACCCUCAGAAUCAGCAGUCUGCCAUGUCAUGUGUGGGUCAAAAGGUGCACCCACCGCGUUAAAGCAAGGGAAAAGCCUUCACCACUGAAUGAUUUUGCAGGGUCCCUAAGUCGGAAAAAUCCCAAGCUCUUAUCGAUCAUAGUCAGACACCUCUCAAGAAUAAUUUUCAUGUUUUUCCGACUUCCCGGAGAUCGCCCGGUCCUAGCAUUCCGGAGAAAAAAACAGCUAGCAUUGAUAAAUGUUAAUAGCACGAGUUCGCAAUCUCCCAAUACCGGGUUGGUCGUUGUGGCUCCAGGGAAACUAACCAUGACCAAAACUGGCAUUAAUGUGUGCGAGAAAAUGUCUGGGUGAGCAGGUGCCCAGUUCACAUGCCUUGCUGGGAAAAAGAUAAAACAUGAUAAAACCCGUUUUUCCCCUCUUGAAUUUGCGCAAGUGAAACUUUCCAUGCUUGCAAUUCUGAUUGUGGAGAAUUCCUAGUGUAAGUCCUGUAGAUGCAUUUUACAGUACCCGAUCAUGCCUUCGCCCCUAAGAACACGAUUAACUGAAUACGCGUGCACUUCGCGGGCAGUUUAAAGUGAAUCCCACGAUAUCCCACGUCUUCGGAAGAGUUUCAGCGCAUUGGCUUUCACUGAAAGGAAGUCACAAGAUAACAGAGCCUGGAACUGUCAAUUUCAUACAUACUGCAAUAGGUGCCUUCAACAUGUAGAAUGAAGGGAGCCAGACGCAGGAACUUCAGAAGACACGAAAGGAGACGUGUCGCACUGCUGCGCGGGUAUUUAGUGAGUUCGCUCCUGAUCUAUUUGCAUCAAGGUGACACUCAUGCCGAAGCUCAUCUGGCUGUCAAAGAAAAUCGUUUUCUUGGCCACUUGUGGCUACACUUGAAAGAUGCCUUCACCAAGCCUGCGCCGAGCCUACGUGAGAUGGGCUUUACUGGAAAGGAUGCCUUGGCGGCACUUUUCCCUGUCAGGGUUGCCGCAAGAAUAUCAUAGGUUGAAUUCAGCCAUUACAAAAAAAUGAAUAAUGAACGGAAUUUAGAUGAAGUUAAUCUACGUAUGCCCUGCGAAAGUGAACAUGGCGAAAGUUUGGACAAGACCCCGCGAAAGUGGCCAUAUGGAUUGCUGCAGCGAAAGCGAUCGCAAAGGUUGUUUAAUUCUGUUCUUCCAUGUCAUAGAUAUAGAAGACAUGCUCUUGCUUAGCGCCUCUGCGUGGUUCGUCCCAUAGUUUUUGAUGGGUGGACAGGGACGCAGUAUUGUGACAACACAUUGCUGACCAGAGAUUCAAAGUAUCUGGAACCAUGAUGGAGGAUACGAUCGAAUCUGGGAAAGCCUCGCGAGAGUAUCGAGUUUCCGAGUCAAGGUAGUUAUCCAAAGCCAUGCCCAUCCGCCGCCAUGUUGGCCCGCAGCUUGGGAGAACCACUGCCACGUGUGUACUGAAUCCAACACAUCAAUUUUGAGAUCAAACCCCAGAAUGUUCUUGGAUUGAACCAGGAUCAACCGCGCCAACAAUUUUGAUCCAUUAAGUCCAUGUAUGUUUGCGACAAGCUAAUGGUGCGAAAGUGCCGCGAAAAUGAAUUCUUGAGCUCACUUGUAAUGCUUGAGCCAAAGCAAAAGCCAUCACAGACUAAGUGGCCAGGUGGAGAGGUGCUUCAGUGGCACAUCAAAUCACACGCUCCCAACAACACAAGUGCCCGAAGUGCGCACAGAGAUACGGGACAGCAACCGGAAUCUGGCCUCCAGGUGCAGAAAGAUCAGACAGCAAGAGGCAAGACUUUCGAAAAUUGUGAGACUUAUCGGGACUGAGCCAAAGAACUUCUGACCGUUUCAGACCUUCGGCCGCACCUGCCAUCUACCAAUGCUCAAGGUGUGGCCACGCCCUGGCUGAAGCAGUGGAGAUGCCGACUUCGCAAGGCUCAUGGCAAAAGACAAAAAAGUGGUUUCGCGGUUACAUAAGAAUUUGCGAUUUCUUGUCAGAGGUAUUGUGCGUGACUUGUUCCAACGCCCCAAACUAAAGUAUUUCAAAAAGCGUUGAUGUGAUGAGCAGAGUGCACGCUUGAUAGGGACAGAUAAAUGUGUGCAAGGGCUGAGCAAAUUUGUCUAUGGCGCCUUCUCAAAGCAGCGCUAGCCAGUGACUGUAUGUGUUUGGUGUCUGGUGUAGCUAGCUAUUUUUUCUGCAGAAAGCGGUCUUUUAGUGCCCCAAAGGUUGAAUUCAAAAUGCUGGCAACUCGUUUUCAAAAGGUUUUGACUGGAGCUCAUUGCUAAUCUUCUAGCGUGGUCAGAGUUGUGUUUUUUGAGCACCGCUGGCUUGCCCGUUUCUCCUGGUUUCUCUAAGAGAUUCUACCAGAAAUCACCAGCCCUUAGAGAAAGCGUCAGCUUCAAAAGAAGAAUUGUUGAUGUGAUGAGCAAAGCCCAAGCACAAGUGUCACAGGUUGGUGGACACAUUUGCAGCAGAUUCGGCUUUGACCCUUCCAGACAGUGCUAGCCUCGCUGCCAGGAUUUGAACAGAGGAGAGAAAGCAAGACGAAAUGAGCCAUACAUCGUUUCUCAAAUGAGCCGGUGAUCUCCUUCAAACACAAAAUAAUACAAAAUGCAGAAGCAACUCGCAAAAACAAUCGAACCAUUUUCGUGAAGGAACCCAAGACAUGCCAGAGCAUGAAGACAUGCCAGAGCAUGAACCGGGUUCGUGCUGGCAGGAUAUUUUUCCUGACCCUGUGCCCGAAAAUAUUACCUUGGCCACUGGAUAUUUUUUGUGUACCAUGUACGGAAAUUUAUUCCGAAAAAAGCUUGGCCCCAAGAAAUUUAUCCGGGAUAAAUUUGGGUACAACCCCCCGUAGGCACCACACACGGGGAUCUUUGGUGCAACAUGUGCAAGCUCAUGUCCGAUGUAGCCCUCCGAAGCCGCGGCAGCAGUGCACAGGCCCCACAUGGCACCAUGCCACUGACAGACCCUCAGCUCAUGCUGCUGUAGAUGCUAGCUAGCUCAGUCGGGUACGGUAUAGUUGGUCUUUUGGCAUCUUCUGGCUGUAACGGGACAUGCCAUCUUAAUCCAUUUUACAUUUUUUACAAACCUUUAAGAUGGCGACAAAUUUUCUCACCUGUUGAAAAAACGAAGAGGCGGUUGCUGUUGCGCCGGUCUCAAUGCAUUUUGGCAAGUGAUUUCUCUGUUUGGGGUUACAAGAAGACUGUGGAAGACAUUUGACACACGGAGGUAGGCGUGAAUUUCAACACCGGUCAAGAAAAACCCAUUUAAUGGUGCAACAUUGCACUGUGUAUGAAGUGCGGGCAGACCACCGCACUCCUCGAAGCCUGUCGUUGUUUGGACUGAUUUGUUAACACCCGCCUUGUACUUCCACGUUUGUUUGACGAAAAAAAGACCUUCAACGUGCCCUGCUUAGUGAGGCCUGACCCUUGCAAACGCCGAAUUCGAGUCCUGAAAGCCCCAGACCUGGUGCAAACAUUCUCGUAUGUCAAGAAAUAUUGUCUGAAAUGCAUGUGCAUUUCGUGCAUUUCAUGUCUCGAGCUUGUCACGUCCGCAAAUGGAGAUGAGGUUGCUCAGCCUCCGUCAAGCCUGCAGUACUUGAGUCUUACCUUUGAACAUGUGCCUAUCAAAAACAUUUGGCUGGACACGCUCAGUCUUCGAAAUCUUCGAAGCCCGCAUAAACUUUUGGCACUGCAAUACAAAAUGAUAGAACCAAAUCACGAGAACUGAAAAUGAGGAAGCUCAGAGUCAGAUGCCACAUGUUUGCAGCCAAGACUUCCUGGGACCCGGAGAUUGCCAUCAAAUCAAGAAUCCCCCGACUCUGACUCGACAUGACUUCAGCUUGGAAUGAUCCGAUUCACUUGAGAAUUGAAGACCAUCUGCAAAACGAUGAGCAGAAAGCAGAAAAGAUGCCAGAGGGCGAUUGCCAGAGGGCGGUUGCAUGUUGUCAGAGGCUUGUCCGGGCCAACUUGUUGCUAACUGCUCGUCAGCAAGGGCAACGGCGGCCAAAGUUCCUUGAAGACAGUUUGCAGGACCCAGGGCACAGAGCACCACACGAGCUCUACAUGGCUCUGAGCUUUGAUCCGCACGGGACUGGUUGGUUGUUACGCGGAUCGACGGGGAUACAUCAACUUUGCAUUGGCAAUCAAUCUUUGCUGCGUCAACGUAUGGUCCGAAUAUGUUCGGAGGAUGAUUCAGCCCUUUGCAUUCACAAACAAUGUCAUCACUUCAUUGGGAACGCCUGAUUUGCGUGCGCUUUACCUGUUCUACUACCUGCGUGUUUUAUUCUACGGGUUGCCGUCGCAGUACCAAAGCUCGUUGGCAUGCAGAAAGUGAUGCCUCUUUGGCUACUUCUGACUCAGUCAGACGAGUCUAGUCUCCAAGUUAGUCUCAAGGCGGUCAAAGCCAGUCUCAAACGACUCAAAUAUGUUUCUUUUCGUUUUCAAGUCAUGGCCCAGGUGCUUAUCCCGGCCAUGUAGACGCAGGGAUAGGCGGGAUUGUCGAGGUCCUCCAGAACGUUCCAGACCAUUUGGCCAGGGCGUGACUGGGAAGUUGCCGCUGCUGGCUGCAAAGCACGCUGCAAAUUUUUAUUUCCCAGCUGGACCGUCGCAUCCGACAUAUCUUUGGGAUAUUUCUCAGCAGUUGGCUACUUAUGCAGGAGGAAAAU